ACUAUACCAUUGUUGAUGCACUACAGGGCCUGCAUCAGAGAUGUUCCCAAGUUGAUGGAGAUGAUGAAGAUAGGUAUGAACGUUGCCAGAUUAAACUUCUCCCACGGAACACACGAGUACCAUUUGGGAACAAUCAAGAAUGUACGUGAAGCAGAACGCCUGCUGAAUGAGCAAAUUAAACCAGAUGCUUACAACAUUGCCAUUGCGCUUGACACCAAAGGGCCUGAGAUUCGAACAGGGUUUCUCAAAGCGGGUGGAGUAGGGUCUGUAGCGGAAGUAGAAUUGAAGAAAGGAGAAAAAAUCACUGUCACCACAGACGAAAAGUUCAGGGAUAUCUGCGACGCAAGCACCCUGUAUGUAGACUACAAAAAUAUCAAGGUGUUGUCCAAGGGAAUGAGGAUCUUCAUUGAUGAUGGCCUAAUGUGCCUUAUCGUCGAAGAAGUUGGUGCGGAUUUCUUGAAAUGCACAAUUGAAAAUGGUGGCAUGCUUGGUGGCAAGAAAGGAGUGAACUUGCCAGGGGCCAUGGUGGACUUGCCCGCUGUGUCGGAAAAGGACAAGCAAGACCUGCUUUUUGGGGUUGAGCAAGGGGUGGACAUGAUCUUCGCAUCGUUCAUAAGAAACGCCAAUGGCGUUAAGGAAAUCCGCAGUGUACUUGGUGAAAAGGGCAAGGACAUCAAGAUCAUGUGCAAAUUGGAGAACGAUGAAGGGGUGCGAAAGGUCGAUGAAAUCCUGGAGGAGACAGAUGGCAUCAUGGUCGCCCGGGGUGACAUGGGCAUCGAGAUUCCGCCAGAGAAAGUGUUUUUGGCACAGAAGAUGAUGAUUGCCAAGUGCAACAUGAUGGGAAAGCCAGUGAUCUGCGCCACCCAGAUGUUGGAAAGCAUGACACACAAACCCGCCCCCACUCGUGCAGAGGUCUCUGACGUGGCAAACGCAGGUUCGGGUGGGUGCAGACGUGUAAUGCUGUCGGGAGUGACUGCAAAGGGCGACUACCCGUUGGAGACAGUUAAGAUGAUGGCAGCAGUCUGCUGCGAGGCUGAAGCUGCCUUCUACAGAAGGAUGUUUUCAUUCAUCUGUCCCACAGUUGCUCCUGUACCAACGGAUGGAACGCACACCAUUGCCAUAGCAGCUGGUGCCUCCAUUAAAUGCUUGGCAGCAGCAAUCAUUGUGACUCAGACUACUGGAAGGACUGCCCACUUAAUUGCAAAGUACAGGCCACGUUGCCCCAUCAUGGCUGUGUCGAGAGCUGAACAGACAGUGAGACAGGCUCAUCUCUACCGAGGCCUUCUGCCACUACUUUUCACAGGCGAGCGUCACGCUGACUGGCCAGUUGAUGUGGACAACCGCAUUGAGUAUGCAAUUGAAGUUGGGAAGAAGAGGGGAUUUCUGCGCAAAGAUGACGCAGUCAUUGUGGUGACAGGCUGGCGCAAGGGGGCCGGUGCUACCAAACACUCUGCGCAUCGUAUAUGCUUAGGUGGGAGGAUCGUCCGAAGGUGUUUCCAGAAAAAAGGAGCAGGGAACCAGGUAUGUUCCAGACACCAAGGUUAGCCCAGAGCAUGUUGGAGAUUAGCAAGUAUCGACUGUGGCCGUGUGUAUUUUCAAAAUCGUUAUUUAAUAAACUUCCUUAUGUCUUAA